AUGCAUCGAAAAAUAGUACCCCUCGUAGCGGUAGCCGCCAGGACCGCUCUGGCUGCGCUCGAGGUCGACCUCGACAAUUCCGACUCCAUCAUCGCCGCCGCGAAACUCAAGGCCUACGACGUCAUGACCUACUACAAGGGAAACCUCAGCGGCCAGAUCCCAGGCAUCCUGCCCGGACCGCCACCCGUCGGCGAGUACUACUGGUGGCAGGGCGGCGCCCUCUGGGGCACCAUGAUCGACUACUGGCACUACACCGGUGACACCACCUACAACGACGAGGUCAUGCAGGCCCUCCAGUUCCAGACAGGGCCGCCCCAGAACAUGUACAUGCCCUACAACUGGACUGCCUCGCUGGGCAACGACGACCAGUCCUUUUGGGGCAUGUCCGCCCUCCUGGCCGCCGAAGUCGGCUUCGAGAACCCGCCCGCCGACGCGCCGCAAUGGCUCGCCCUCGCCCAGGCCGUCUUCAACUCGCAGACCACGCCGAUACGUCGCGACGACCAGUGCGGCGGCGGCCUGCGCUGGCAAAUCACGCCGCUCAACAAUGGCUACAACUACAAGAACUCGAUUGCCAACGGCUGCUUCUUCAACAUCGGCGCGCGCCUCGCCCGCUACACCCGCAACGACACCUAUGCCCAGUGGGCGGCCGAGACCUGGGACUGGGUCGAGGGUGUUGGGCUCAUUGAUGCCCAGUACAACAUCUACGACGGCGGCCACACCGACAAGAACUGCACCGACAUCAACCGCGCCCAGUUCUCGUACAACGCCGCCAUCUUCUUGCAGGGCGCCGCCUUCAUGUUCGACUACACCCAGGACCCCGUCUGGAAGACGCGGGUCGAAGGCCUGCUCACAAACAUGCUCGCCACCUUCUUUCCCAACGGCAUCGCCAAGGAAAUCUCGUGCGAAAGCGACAUCAAUCUCACCUGCACCACCGACAUGCUCUCCUUCAAGGGCUACAUCCACCGCUGGCUCGCCGUCACCGCCCAGAUCGCCCCCUACACCCACGACCGCAUCUUUGCCACCCUCAAAACCUCCGCCGAGGCCGCCGUGCGCCAGUGCACUGGCGGCGACACAGGUCGUGUCUGCGGCUUCCGCUGGGUCCAAGGCGGCACCUACGACGGCACCAACGGCGCCGGCCAGGAGAUGAACGUGCUCGGCGCGCUGCUGUCGAUGCUGCUCGACAAGGCGCCGGCGCCCGUGACGAACCUGACCGGCGGCACGAGCCAGGGCAAUCCGAGUGCCGGCACCGACGAAUCGAUCCUGCCCUACACGGGGCCCGUCAGCCAGGGCGACAAGGCCGGUGCGGCGUUCUUGACGCUCUUGUUCCUGACAGGAUGCCUGGGCACGCUGUCGUGGAUGAUGCUGGGCUGGGGCGAGGUGAACUAG